AUGCCGGCUUCCGGAAGUGGAGGAAGUGACGCAUCGCAUGAGAGUCAUUUUGCCGCUGCUGCGGCCAUCGCAGUGUUAGGACGAGGAGGUUUUCAAGCGUCAUCUUCGGGAACGAUGGACGUUGUUCCCGGUAUACCAAGCAUUUCUGCAGUUGGCGUGUCAACGGUCGGCGGUGAGAAUAGCAAUGGUCAUACAAUCCACCGUUCUCAUGGUAUAACGAAUAUCGUGAUGCCAAUGAAUAUCAGCGUCGUCAAUGAUGAACUAGAUGGCAGUCGAGCCAAUGCCAACCAAGGCGGAGGAAGCUCUAUUACCAACGGAACUCCUCCCCGGCAACAGGAAGAAGCGCCAACUAACAACUCAUCACACAUUGGUGAAAGUCCAGUCGAGGAACACAAGGAGCAGAGCCAGGAUAGUAAACCAGUUGAAGCGGAAGGGGAUUCGGUCAUCCGCCUGAAAUUUCUCGAUGAUACGCAGAGAGAUGCCCGCACUACCAUGACGGAUACUAUCGGAAAAUUUAAGAGUGUUCAUUUUGGGGAUGCUGUCGCUGCCGGCCGAGUCGUUAGGCUAAUCUAUCAAGGUCAGCUUCUUCGAGAAGAUUCGAGAACAUUAGCCUCGUACGGUCUCCGUGACGGUUCUGUAGUUCAUUGCCAUAUCAGUAAUACACCAUACGCUAGACAGGCCCCGUCUACUUCGCAACCAGUGACUUUUUCAUCAAAUGUGAGGCAUCGCGAUGUUACUCCUAAUGACACACCUUCCACGUCCAAUGUGAGGCCUGAAACACAAGAGUUUCGAUAUCCUCGUUGGGCCGUUGCGCUGCUGUUGUACACCUACCGUUUCCCGCUAAUUGGUUUGCCUUUGGAUGCCGUUAUACGAUUUCUGUUUGAUAGGCAGAUGGCUCCUUCGGCGGAACCCGGCGUUGUUCGUCGUACAUAUCAAAGGAUAUACAAUACAAUAUUUGGUGCACCUCGUGACGAUGGCGUUUCACCUCUUGAUCGAGCAGCAGAUGCAGCAGCAAGAGUACAACCGCAGCCGCUAUGUCUUGGAGAUUAUCUCUUGUGGAUAUUUGCGGGGCAGUUCGUUGCUGUUUGGGGCUUUGUCUACGCCUUCCCACAAAUGUGCGAUAGUACCGCUUUGGGUCUUCUUAUCUUGUUAACAUUGUAUUUUCUUUUUGUUGUCUGCCGUAGCAGAAAUCGCCUUCCUGAACCUCGAUCCAGAGACAACCAAGUUGUUGAGCCUACUAGUUCUGAUCGGUGA